GCAGUGCAUUCCUCAGUUAUGUAUCUAUCAAUCUAGAUURCACAACUAGAUUAGCGGUGUUAUUCCUAAUUUUAUCGAUAAUUUUUGCGAAAAAGAGGAGAAAAGUCAAAUGACAAAUUAAACAAAAAUGGCCGACAACGAGGGAAAGAGGUGGAACAAAGAGGAAGUUGAACUUCUUUUAUGCUUGUGGGAGAAAAAAUUGGAAAAGCUUCGUGGUGUAAAACGUAAUCCUCACGUUUUCCAGGAUAUGUCAUGGCCACAAAGGGGCAUGUAUAUGCUGCGAAUGAAAUUCGUGUGAAAAUACAUAAUUUGACAAAUAAAUACAGAGAUAAGAGGAAAUCUAUUGGUCCCUCUGGCUGCAGACCUUCGACAUGGGAAUUCUACCCUAAAAAAAAGUAUCCUCGGGAGCUAAAUAAGAGAGCACAGUUCACGAAGUUGUAGACUGUGCAUCACCCCUUAACAGCUCUUCCAUUACGCAAGGAAAAGAAAAAAACAUGCUUCAGAUAAUAUUCAAAAUGAAUAUUUGGAGAGACUCCGGGCUUCAAAUAGAAAAAUUAAAUCGGAAAUUGAAGCAAUUAAAGAGGAUGGCAGGGAGGCCCUUCAAAUUGAAAGAGAAAGAAAUGCCAUCCUCGAAAAAUUCUUAGAAGCAUUUAAGCAAACCAUAUAACAACAUAUCCUUGAAAACGUGAGAAUUACGUUUUACACCACGAAGCAUAUAUCCAG